AUGAUGGCGAACAUGAAGAAAGCGACAGCUAUCAACAAGAAGCAGCAACCAACCAGUUCCUCCAAGGAUCGUGAUGAGAUGUUGGCAAGGUUCUUGACCUGUGAGAGUCUGAAUGAUAUCAUUCUACAAGGAACUGAUGGUGUUCAAGUGCCGGCAAACCGUUUUCUGUUGGCAGCUCGAUCCAAUGUUUUCAUGGGCAUGCUGCUGGGCAAGUUUCAAGAAUCUUCACUGCCAGUUGUUGAGCUUGGAUUCUCUGGAAGUGUCAUCAAGGCAGUGGUAGAGUUUGUGCUUACGGACACAGCACAAGUACUCGUCUGCAAAAACAGAGAUGCACUAGUGGUGGAUAUCAACGAACAGAUUGAAGCAUUGGUGUCAUUAGCAGAGGCGGCACCCUACUUUGAUCUUGCUGGCCUCACAGAGCUGGUCUUUGAAUCUUUUGAAAUGACUCUCAAUGAACAUCCGUGCUCUGCAUUUGCUGCCUUGCAGGCAUGCAGAAUGGCCGGAAUUGCUGUUCCGGAGGAGUUUGUCAAAACAGCCAAGUCAUGGGUGCAAAUGGCCCAACCUACAUCUGUGACUGCCAAUCAUGUGGCCUGUUUGAGCACUUCUGUCAUGGAAGAAAUACUGAUGGAUCCAGAAAUGGAAAUGACAGAGUACGAACUCUUCCAAAUGUUAUCACUUUGGGCAGCAGGCGACCCUGGUCGGAGAAAGGCAGAAGCAGCGGAUCUCUGCAAUCACAUCUCCUUGGAACGAAUAUCUCUUGAAAAUUUGGCAACCACAGUGGCUACAUCAGGCUUGGCUACAUCCGAUCAACUUGGUGAAGCCUACAAGAAUCACGCGUUUGCGCUCCAGAAACUUUUACCACCAACGACGACAACCUUUGAAGCACCGCGGAAAAUUUCGUGGUUUUCCGAACGACCCAAAAAAUGUCAACACAAGAAAUCUGAGAUACAGCAAUUUUGUCAUUAA